CUGAAGCGGAUGUUGCUGAUGUAAAUAAUCCGAACGGGUAUUCCCACCGUUUGUAUGCAUGUCAUUUUCAAGAAAAGAAACCAGUUCAGCUGCUUCCGCCAAUGUAAUUUCUUCAGCCACUCAUGUUCUUUAGUGACUACACUGAUUGAGAGUCUUUUACCUAAUGCUUGACUUGAAAGCAAAUUGUAAUAAAUGGCAACAGCUAUAGAAGAGGAUGUUUCAGCAUUAAGGAGACACAGGCACCCUCUGUUAGAGGACUUUUUGCUUCAGUACCCUGGGUGUGACGAGGAUGUUGCUCAAAGGGCAUUUCUUAUUUAUCAGGAUCUUACAGAAGUAAAAAACUGGUGGUUUACAGAGCUUGCUUACAGUGAACUCUUUGAACGGCCUUACGUUGUUGGGCAACAAAGCAGAUCGGAAGCACGUCAAGCAGUUUUGCCACUGGGCGUCGAAGAGAAAGUAUCUCUCAGUGAAAUUCAACAGUAUUUUUCUAAUAUCUAUGUUGAUGAGGAAGCCAUUACAAACAUCACAGUGGCUGUGAAUGAGCUUGACUCCACUGUUGUCUACUACAAGUUGACCUCUGGCCUUUCACCCCCUGACUCCCCUGAAACUGUGUCACAGCACAAGAAAGAAAAAGACCAGAGAAUGAGCCGGAAAAGGAAAUACUUGGCCUCCUGUGUCAGACAGUUCCAGCAGAGCACCUCAAAACCUACUUGAUGCUCGGCUAGCUCAGGACACAGCAUGCUAUAGUGAUGCUGCUACUCUAAUGAAGGAAGAGUGUCUGCCCUUGACAGGAGUUAACAACAAACCCCACAGUUAUUGCCCCUAGAGCAGAACAGUAUAUGGAAUUUAUGAUUAAAUUCAGUAGAGAAAGUCUCUAGGCAAAUAUUGGACUUGGUGAAAACAUUUAAUAUUCAGCAAGUAGUUUAUGGCGCAUUGUGCCAGUUUGUUUACCUUUUUUUUUAUGUUGUAUGAUUUUUUUUAAAAAUUGUUUACAGGAUUAUUUUGAAGGAUACUAACUAAAAUGCACUCUACACCAAUAUACCUUUUUUUAAUGGUAGAUAAUGAGCUUACAGUGUUAAAAUGUUUAAUAAGAAAAGCAAUUUUAUUAGAAUAGUAACAUAAUUUUAAAAGCCAAUACUUCUGAUUCAUGCCUAUUGUUUUAUGAUUUUUUAAUUGUAUACUCCAGUUUUCGUGAUCACAUUCUUCAUAAUUGUUGACUUGUUCUUUGAACUAAUUGAAAUAAAAUUAUAAAC